UCUAUCUCAACAUCUCCAUUUAACUGUUUUUUUUUUCUUUUUAAUUAUAUCAUAUGGAAACAGCAGAACCUCUUUUCUAUAUUACCCUUCACAUUUUUCGGAAAGUUGUAUUCAAAUUUUCAAUCUUUGAAUCUAUCAAAUAACUCGUGGUUUUGAACCUUGAAAAAUAAAAUGAAUAUAUAAAUAAAUACCACGUUGAAUAUCAUCUCACCUUCCAUAACUUUUCCAUUCAAUUCAAACCCCUAAUCUCUAUAUGUUAUCGUCUCUCACUCGAUUCUCAUAAUAUAAAAUAUUCCACGACUUCUGUACACUGUCUUCUUCCUGCUUUUCAGCCACGUCUUUGAAGGUUCUAGUGGACCCAUUUCCUUUCUUGUGCAUAUAUAUAAGAAGAGGAGUCAAGAAGCAUUCUAUUCACUUUAACCCAUUAUUUUGAUUUAGCUUUUUUUUAGUUAUCACUUAUUAGCCAUUCUAAGACAGUGCUCUAUUCAAAGACCUUUUUGAUUCUUUAAUCUUGAUCACAGGUGCCGUCAUAAGAUUAUAAUUCCACUGGUGAUUGGAAAAUUUAUGGGUUUAUCGCUUUCUUUACUCUAUUCAGCCUGGGAAGAAAUUGUACGGCACAGCUUCUUUCGUUUAGCCUACAACUAUAGUUUCGGUCCUAAAUACGGUGGUAUCCCCUUAAGGACAGAUAGUUUCAAGAACACUUCUGAUACGGAAACCAUGACCAAGUCACUUCAGUCAAAUUCGAGAGGAAGAAAAAAUUCUAUAAGUUUGAAGAAUUGUAAACCCCAGAAUGUAAUGCUUGAUACCAGUUUGUCAUUCAAGAAUCUAGUUCAAGAUAAAGUAGAGUCAAAGCCAGCACUUUCUCUUCCUGAACCAGCAAUUUUGUUUUCUCCUAGACCGGUUAGUGAGCUUGAAGCUGCUGCAGUUAAAGUUCAGAAGGUUUACAAGAGUUACAGGACUAGAAGAAAUCUUGCAGAUUGUGCCGUUGUUGUUGAGGAGUUAUGGUGGAAGGCUUUAGAUUUUGCAGCUCUAAAGAGAAGUUCAGUGUCAUUCUUUAACGUUGAAAAACCUGAAACUGCUAUUUCAAGGUGGGCAAGGGCUAGGACAAGAGCAGCCAAAGUUGGCAAAGGCUUAUCCAAAGAUGAGAAGGCUCAGAAAUUAGCUUUACAACAUUGGCUUGAAGCUAUUGAUCCUCGCCAUCGGUAUGGUCACAAUUUACACAUGUAUUAUGAUGUCUGGUUUAGAAGUGAGAGCACUCAACCUUUCUUUUACUGGUUGGAUGUUGGAGAUGGUAAAGAAGUGAAUCUAGAGAAAUGCCAGAGAUCUGUACUGCAAAAGCAGUGCAUCAAAUAUCUAGGACCUAAAGAAAGACAAGCAUAUGAAGUAAUAGUUGAAAAUGGGAAGCUUGUUUACAGAGAGAAUGGAAAUCUUGUCAAUACAAUUGAGGGUUCAAAAUGGAUAUUUGUGCUUAGCACGACAAGAGCUUUAUAUGUUGGGCAAAAAAGGAAGGGUGUGUUUCAACACUCUAGUUUUCUUGCUGGUGGUGCUACUACAGCAGCUGGAAGAUUAGUUGCCCACGAAGGAGUUCUUGAGGCUAUAUGGCCAUACAGUGGCCAUUAUCACCCAACAGAAGAAAACUUCAGGGAAUUCGUUAGCUUUCUUCAGGAAAACCAUGUCGAUCUCACAAAUGUUAAGAAAUGUGCAAUUGAUGAUGAUUCUUAUAUUGGACAAAAGGGAGAGUCAAUUUUGGGUUCUGCAGAAACUUGUCAACCCAUCAGCGCAAAUAAGUCUGAUGUAGAUUUGUCCAUCAAGGAGACAACAAUGGCGGCUCUUAACAAAGAACAAGAGAUUAAAAUUAACUGUGGUGCCAAUGUUUUUGAGUGGCCUGAGAGAUUACCUUGCAAAUGGACAACAGGGGCUGGACCUCGCAUUGGGUGUGUCAGGGAUUACCCAACGGAGCUACAAACAAGAGCAUUGGAACAAGUCAAUCUAUCCCCUAGAGUUCCUCCUGGGACUAUUAGCAAUUAUGGGCCAAUUCCUUCUCCAAGGCCCAGUCCAAAGGUUAGGGUGUCCCCUAGGCUUGCUUACAUGGGACUCCCGAGCCCAAGAACACCAAUUCCUGUAGGCAGCUAAGCCGUUUCAUCAAAAACGACAAUGGGGUCAAGAAUGAUUGGCAGCAAAUGGGGCACUGCUGGUGCGUUAUAUUUAGUUUAAUUAAGAAAAAUAAGGAUGGAUCAAAGGGACUAACCCAAAGUUUUUUAAUUCACUUCAUUCUUUUAAUAUGGCUUAAAUGAGCCAAGUUUUUAUUUUAUAGUUACUAAACAAAUUCUGGCCCCUUAUUUUAGUGUUGGGUUUUGUAUAUCAUCCCUGUAUACAGAAAGUUGAGACUUGAUAUUUACAUCAAUGAAGCAGAAUUAUUUCCAUUUAUAAA